AUGAAGCUGCUCAAUUGCAUGAGCCUUGAGAUCGAAGAGUUCUUUGGCUCCUUUAUACCAGAAAAAUAUGCUAUAUUAUCUCAUAUGUGGGAAGAUGGUGAAGCCAGCUUCCAGGAUUUUGGUAAUAUCAAGGCCAAGGCAACGAAGCCAGGAUGGGCCAAGAUCAAACAAACGUGCAGCCUAGCACGGCAACAAGGGUUUUCAUACGUCUGGAUCGAUACCUGCUGCAUUGACAAGACGAACUCCGCUGAGCUGACUGAAGCCAUCAAUUCAAUGUUUAACUGGUACGCAAGAUCGACGGUAUGCUAUGCAUUCUUAUCAGACAUCAGCGCGAAAGAUGAGAAGAGAGAUCUCCGGGAGUCUCGUUGGUUCACACGAGGCUGGACCUUACAAGAACUCAUUGCACCACCACGGGUAUUGUUCUACGACAAGGACUGGCGGGCCAUAGGCACCAGACAAGGCCUUUCUGAAGUUAUUUCGAAAAGAACCGGAAUCAGCAAAACUAUCCUAGAACACUCCGAAACUGAUAAAUAUGAAAUCGAGGACCUUCUCUCGGAAGUUCUGGUUGCACACCGUAUGUCGUGGGCAGCGGGGCGGACAACUACGAGAGAAGAAGACCUUGCAUACUGUCUUUUGGGCAUAUUCAACGUUAACAUGCCGCUGUUGUAUGGAGAAGGGAGCAAAGCGUUUACAAGACUUCAAGAAGAAAUCAUCAAAGAGAGCGAUGAUCUCUCCUUGUUCGCAUGGGGCUGCACGGAACCGAAGCCGCAAGACCAAUCUUCUGAGCAGGUUUAUUUCGGUAUCUUGGCACGAUCUCCAGACGAUUUCGCAAACGAAGGAUCGCUCGAGGAGCAUUUUGGCGGAUCUACAGUCGACGCGGAGUAUUCGAUGACGAAUAAAGGACUGCGGAUCAAAGCCCCACUGGAAAAAGUUGACGGAUUUGAGGGGAGAUUCCUCUUCCUUGGCUUUACAGCUCACGAUAUCCUGGACAUUGGCAUCUGGCUCAAGGAUCAGGGACAAGGCAGAUAUGUGAGAGUUCUUCCCCCAAAGGAAGCUUUCAAGUCCCUUGAAUUCAAAAAGACAUCCCCUGACGACGAAACGGACACAUGUUUUAUUCAAAAACAUUUGGCCGACCGACAGUCUUGGAUUCUGGAAACAUGUCACCGAAGCUUUUCAUUUCCUUUCAAGGAUUUGUUCUCGUCCAUUCCCUACGCCUCGCACCAGCACCUUACAUACCGUGUUGUUAAAUCAUUUCCUCCUCGCAACUGGAUGCGCAUGACCGAGGAGUUUCGGACAGAAGGACUAAGAAGCUUUGAAGGCUUUGUAAUUGUUCAUAUUAGCGGGCCUGUAAUCUGCGAUAUAGUUAUAGCCUUGGGCUUUACCAGCAGCUACUCGUUGGAUAGGCCCUGGAUGUCUGUUGGAACAUUGAAAAGUCAUCCUGAACUCUUCAAAGCAGCAAUCGCCCAUAACCUAGAGAAGGUCAAAUCACUUGGCAGAUCAUCUGAGAAUCGAACUCUGGUGCUGGAGCAAGCAGGCGGUAGGAAUGUGGAGGCUGAAUUCAGCUUACGAAGUGAGUGGGCGAAAAAGUCGCAGACACAUCGCGUCAGCGUAAACUGGAGUUUAAUCGAGAAUUCUAGAUGA